AUGACCGAUCAACAAGACACUGGAAAGAAUUGGUAUACUUUAUCACAUGAUGAUUUUCAUAAACUGCUAGAAUAUGAACUCAGUGAAACAUUUACAACGUAUAUGGUACUAUUUGGUUAUGAUACAGCGGAAUCAUUCUUCUUCAAUGAAAAUGACAGUACAAUACAAAAUGAAGAUGAUCAAAUUAAUGAAGUUAUGAAUGAAAUAUGUGAACAAUUUGAUAUUUACAAUGAUUAUGAAAUAAAUGAUGGUCGCAGUACAUCUGUAUAUAGACUGUAUGCUGGCCGAAAACGACAAUUAAAACGAUUUAUUAAGACAUUAUAUACGAUGAAAAAACAAUUAAUUAAAAAAAUGAUGGCCGAGAAACAAGUUUUUGAGAAAAAUUGGUAUACUUUAACAAAUACAGAAUUUCAUAAAGUUCUGACAGAAGAAUUAGGUGCAACAUUCACAACGUAUAUGGUUCUAUUUGGUUAUGAUACGCCGAAAUCGUACUUCUUUGAUGAAGAUGAGUAUCCAAAUAAGAAUGAGGAUGAUCGAUUCAACGAAGUUAUGAAUGAAAUAUGUCAAGAAUUUGAUAUCUACAAUGCUGCACACACUACAGUUGAAUACAUACUCUAUUCUGGUUUAAAACGUAAAUUAAGACGAUUUAUUAAAACGUUACAUUUGAUGAGAAAACAAUUGCAACAAGAACAAAAGUAA